UAAAAAACAAGUAAGGAGUACUUUUUUCUAGCAUAACACAAGAUCUUGAUGAGAGAACUAGUACUACCAGCAUUUGCCAGGCAUUUGGGAAGGUAUAUGUGAACUUGGCGCGGCGGCGGACGCUAUUACUCUUCUACCACCACCACCACAAUGGCGCUGGCAUUCGAUUGUCACCUGCAAUUCCAAAAGGCGUCAGCAUUCUAUCACCGCCGGCAAAUCCAUUUCACGCCUCUUCAAAAUCGACCUUACCAGUCUCCGCAUCUUCUGAAGAGGAAUCACCACAAGUCUAGCUCCAGAUUUUAUGCAUUUAGAGGGGGUAGUGCCAUUAGCACUGGGAAUACACUUGAUCCACAGCUUCGUGUUGUCCUUGAACUUGCCACAGAUUCUGAGUUACGCGAACUUGAAAGAAUUCUGUUUGGCCCGAGUUAUUGGAGUCCGUUGUUGAAGUCAAUAACAAAUAGAGAGUACAUGGAUUUUUCUAUGAUUGAAGAAGACUUGGAGGAGAGGGAAGAAUUUAUGUCUAUGCUUGAAUCGAGAUUUCUAUACCUUGCUGCGGAUGCUCAGUCUACAUUGAGGGGCCGAAGACCAUCAUACAGGGAUGUAUUGCUUAAUGUCAGGAAAAAGUUAGGCAUACGUUGUUCAACAAAAAUAUCUGUCGAAUAUUUGGAAGCAGAGAUUUUUCUUCAUCUAUUGCAAGAAUACGCGAGCGAAGUGGUGGACACUGCAAAUGAGAGUCUAGAAUUUGGGCUCAACCGAUGGAUGAUUCAUGCUGAUGCGGCUUUAGAAGGAGGACGAGGACUGCUUGGAACAAUGAUAUUGAAGGGUGGCGGGAUGCUAACAAUGGGGAGAAUCUACAACUCGUUAGUUAAGAGAUUAUUUGGAAAAUGUAUGGUGGAAGUUGCCAAAUAUGGGGUGCAGAAGGAACUCCUCAAAAAGGGUGGACAAUUGGCUGCGGUUAACCUAGAGUCAAGGUUGGCCUUCCUUGCUGCAAAAGAGAGUGUUAAAGAUGCUGCUACCAGUUACUUGGGCAUGAGGAGCAUGGGAACAUUUCUUGGCCCACUGCUGUGGGGAACACUUCUAGCAGACAUUUUUAUUCAGAUGAUUGGGACAGAUUAUGCUCGAAUUCUACGAGCAAUUUACGCUUUUGCACAGAUUCGGAUCAUCCGUACGCACAAGUCAUGAGAUGUUAUUUUAAGGUAAGCAGGAGACAUNCCCCCCCCCCGCAAUGUUGGCACCACCAAAGAAACCCACCGGUUUGUGAACCACUAACGAUGUCAGCCACAGUGUGAGCCUUGGUGUGGCGGUAGCAAAACCCAUUCAUUUCUAGACUCGUGCUCUUGGGUCUGUUUGGUUGGAACUUGGAAGGAACGACGACCACUCUGUUCUUUAUUCCCCCAAAAUAUAAUUGACCAUUCUCUUCUAUCAAUUGCUUUCGCAAUUUCCUCCUUCCUCUGUGUUUGGAUAUGUAUAACUUCUUUAUUAAAAAGUUUAUGCAUUG